AAUAUUACGGUCAUGUUGAGUAAUCUCACCCUGAUUUUAAAUAAAUAAAAAACAGCUGAUUUGCUUUUGUCAAACGUUCGUCAUUUCUGGUUGAGGAAAGAAAUUUACAAAACAUACACAAUUUUUUCAUAGUGGAAGGAAAAUAUAUUUUCAUGUUUUCUCUCUUUGCAUAAGAAAAACAAUUAUUGAAUUUUAGAAGUAAAAGAUGAGUUCCAAGGAUAAAGAAAUUUCCAAGUCAAAAUUCAAAUUCUUUAUGAAGAACGCAAAGGGUGCUUCGGGCGUUACAUGUGAGCGUUCUUUGCGUCCGGAAAUAGAGCGUGAGUUGAGACCGGAGUUAACAACUGCCCAACGAUGCAAAACUUUGUCAGAAUUGCAAUUACAGAAUUUGAAACUAGAUGAGGCUUCAAUAAGAGAACUAUGGUCCCUUACUAAAGACUUGAUUAUUCCGAAUAAGCCAGCAGAAUGCCGUCAGACGGCAUUAACUUUUUAUAAGAGACUAAUCCGUAGUCAAUAUAAAAAUUUGAAUUUGCUGCGCCAGCAUUUUUUCCUUGUUAUACAAAAUCAUGAAGUUGACGAAGAUCUGAAACAUCGCUUGGAACUGUUAGAUACGUUAACAGACAAUGGAAAAGACAUACAGAAUUUUGAAGAAAAGAUUGGAAAAUUUAUGUUACAAUGGAUACCGGCUAUAACUGAAGCUCGUUUACUCCGUCCCUUUUUGGAUAUUUUGGGCAAUAUAAUUAAAUUUAAUGCUUCACUUUUGGACAAAGAUAUUGUUGUUGGCAUCGUUCAAAACGCCUGUAAUUUAAGUUGUACCGAAGAGGACGAUAUUGGGUUGCAGUGCCUAACAAUACUUGAAAUGGUCAUGUGUUAUACAAUAUUCCCAAGCGAGCCAUUGACACAAUGUGUUUUUACCUUGUGCCGUACGGUUAAUUGUUCUCUGUAUUGUCAAGCAUCAUGGAAGAUAAUGAAAAAUCUACUGGGCACACAGUUGGGAUAUCAUUCUAUGAAAAUGAUGUGCAAUAUCUUAAAUGAUCGUAGUCUCUAUGGUGAUCAACAAUUGCUACGCGGCGCAGUAUUUCAUUUAAAUAUGAAUAUAUUCGGUUCGAAUGUAGUCUUCCAAGUGUCGCCAAUGUUUUAUGCCUCAACUGUUCUCACCUGUUUUUUGCAUGCAUUGGAAAGCCGUCAAGUUAUUGUGACUUUCGAAGUGAUACUAAGUAUAAGACGAGUUAUUAAUUACUACAAAUCGGAAAUAUCAGAGAUAAUCUGGGAUUGCAUUUGCGAUACAAUGAAUGCAAUCAUCGAUAAUAUUGAGUAUUAUGAACGUAUUAAUAUAAAUAGAGAUCGUCUUCAUUAUUUGCAAAUAAAUUUUCAUGAAAAUAUUGAUUGUAUUGAGCAACUAUUGUACGAUGAUAAAACUCCGAUACUUGCAAAUAUCAAUCGCAUAUAUGAUUUAAUUGAACGCGUAUCGGAGAAUCGCCCUGAAUCUUCUGUACUCAAACUGAUUGAAUACCGCUCGACAAAAGUAACUGCCACUCGUCCACAAUGGCUACAAGUUCUUAAUGAUUUUAUCAGUCGUUUUUAUAAGAUGCCAAAUACGAAUGUACGUUUGAAAGCCAUUCAAUCGUUGGUACGCAUAAUGGCAUUAAGUCGUUUUAGUUAUGAGGAAGAAAUUCUUGAGCGUGUCGUUAUCCCUCAUUUUUCACAAAUAUCAAAUGAAACAGAUUUGGAAGUUCGGGUAGCUGUUUCUAAUGCAUUGGUGGAUUUUGCACGACACUGCGACACCAAACGUUGUGGUGAACUAUUGGAUAUAUUAGAAAAGCUUGUUAAUCGACCGUUCGAGCAGCAAACCAAUUUUAAUGAAACGAUAAUUAAAUCUGAAGCAGAUAUAUUGGAUGUUGUGACUGCAGUACAAGGCCUAAUUGAUAUAUUUGGUGUUAAGCUGCAUCGUUUGCCUUCAACGCAUGCCAUUAAAAUUUUUAAUAUAUUGAUUGGUCACUUGGAACAACAUUACGAGCGCCCAAAAGUUUAUGAUAAUGGGCGUAUUGUGCGUUUGAAGAUUUUAAGGUGGAUUUUGCGCGCACGUGCCAAUGUUUCCUAUCAUAUUGGCUACCCAGAUCCUGAAAACGGCGAUAUCAUAAAGUUUAGUGCAUAUUUGGGUAUAGAUUCAAGUCUACCACUACAAGGACACCAGCAUACAAGACACCAAUUACCAACUCACGAUUCUCAUUUUACAACAAUCUCGAUACGUAGAGCUUGCAAAAUUAUCGUUAAAUGCUUAGACACAGAGCGAGAUUAUGAAGUUUUACAAUUGGUUAUCAAAGAGCUACCCAAAGUGUUGUGCAAUAAAGCUCUUAUUCAAGGCAACGAUAUUGAAGCAUUAGCUGUUUCGUUGUUCCGCAUUUUUCAAGACGUCAAUAAAACUCUUCACCUCAGCUACACGCCAACUAGUGAUGAGGUGAAUGCAUUAUUUCUUCCCGCAAUCGCUUCUUUGGUCAUAUAUCAUCACAGUAUAUCACCACACCAAAUCAAUACGCUAAUAUUAGCGCUUUGCUCCGGGAUAUUCUCAGGCACAGCUAAUGUUUGCAUCAAUACCUUAACGACGAUGAUUCUUGAAAUGCCUGACACAUUGACACGUACAUUGGCUGAUAUACUGCUGCAGAUGAGCAAAAUGUCGGAUACAACAAUGGUCGCAAUACCCGUUUUGGAGUUUUUAUCAAUUUUGAGCCGAAUGCCGAAUCAAUAUUUCACGAACUUCAUUCCACGGCAAUACAUGUAUGUAUUCGCCAUAUCUUUGCCGUAUACCAAACCCAAUAGAUAUGAUCAUUAUACUGUAUCGUUGGCACAUCAUGUUAUUGCUGGUUGGUUUCUCAAAUGCAAACUAGAGAUGCGUAAAAAUUUUGUUACCUAUAUAAUAUCGUCAAUUCAGUCCAAUGCUAGUAUGCUUUACGAUGACAUUGACAAGUUUAAACAUAGCAUACAGCGUCAGGACCUCAAUAGUUUAAAUGAGGAUUCAUCGAAUCGUAAGCGCAGUACCAGUUUGACUGAACGUGGUAGUCGUAAUACAAGUGUACGAAAUGGUUCAGACAUGAGACCGCCAAUUAAUGAUAGUCUAAAAAGUUUUCAUGCAGAGUUAGCUGAGACUUGUAUAGAUUUCCUAGCCCGCCAUACUUUUUCGCCAUGUUCGGCAUUACCGAAACGCUUGCCUGCAGUGGAAUAUUUGUUAAAAGACGGCUUCUCACAGACAUGGGUAGUUGGUCACAAUCUAGUAACAAUUACGACCUCGGGUUGUCCAACUGGUCCUAUACGCAACGGCCUUUGCGACCGUUGUUCUCAAAUGGGAAAACAUCCCAUUGCUGGCAACAGCUUGACAGCGAGCAAAAGUGAUUCAAGCAGCACAGCACCUCUGUCACCAGAAGCUAACAAUACACAAUCCACGGCCGUUGCAUCGACUAUUGAUCGACGAUACACAAAAGCAAGCCUUCAGUAUAGUAGUGGAAACGAAUCUGCUGGUAGUACUGACCUGACUUCUUCUUCUUCAUCUACUUCUGCUGUGGCAAAUUCAAACAUAAAUUUAACUCAACGACAAAUAUCUAAUAGCUCAACUGCUUCGUUAGAAGCUCUUUCACGCCGUGGCUCAAAUCCAGAGCCCACGGAAGGAGCAGCCGGCGCCGUUACCGGCAGUACCACUUCUUUAUUGGGUGGAAAUUCUCUUUCGACAACAAGCAUAAGUGUCUCUCCGACACAACUCCAACCAGUACAGCAACAGAUCUGUAUACGUUCAUGUACAGGCUGGGCCGAAAUUUUGAUACGUCGUCCUACUGGCAACAUAUCGUGGAUUACGCGUAUACAAAAUCCUAUAGCCAAUGAUUGUUUUGGACAAGAUUUGCCUUUUAGUAACAUAGUUUCACUCUUUCUUCCGACAGCCCAUGGCGGUGUAUUUGGUCCGGAUUACGUCCAGUCCGCAUUACUGCCAGAACCGCCGACAGAAUGUGGAGUAACAUUAGCCUCAGCAAUAGCUACCAGUAAAUCUACAUUCGGUGGUGCUUCAAGCACUUCUAUAGUCAAUAUGGGCUCAGGUCCAGACCAUGAUGGCCCAGUACAGUCGACCAUUAGUUCAAAAAUUGCAGCGGUUGAGCAAAAGGCAAUUAGCGUAACUUCUAAGACACGUGCUCUGCAACGACAGGAAGAAAUUUCGUCGUCGGCAACAAUGCCAUUGCUGGUCGCAUCAUUAAGCACCGCUGCUAUCGACAUACCCAAAUCAUUAGCCAGCAAGCGUGUGGGCGGUAAAGAAGCUCUCGCUGAUAGCGUAAGUGAUGGCGAAGCUGAUGAUGACACAAUGCAAAUUGCGGGUGCACAAUCGCGUGCUCGAAAUCCAGUGCGACGUGUUAAUUCAAGCCCAGAAAUGAGCUCUAGCUGGCGUCAGGCUUUCUUGGCGGCAAAACCAGCGCCUCUUUCCGCUGAGUCAGUAAGAGUUAAGGGAAGUAAAUAUUCUGCCAGCCUCCAAGGUCUCGAAGAAGUUCAUAAACAACAACAGCAACAUCAACAGCAAACACUACAACAACAGCAGAAGAAAAAGAGCGUACAGUAUUCAAAGGAUAUGCGUGUCAGCUGUGAGGCGAUUCCUGAAGAAAUUGCCGGGUUUACACCACCACAGGCCCAGUCUGGCGAAACACAUGUCGAUAUAUCCGAUAAUACAGAUGCUUCUGCUGCUGUGAGUUCUGUCGCAAUAGCAGGACAACAACUUUUGGCAAACAGCACUGCCACUAUAGCACUGCCUCCUAAGCAACACUCAGCGGAUGAUGUUAGUACAAGUGCAAGUAUGGCCAUCUCUUCGGUACAACAGUCAACAUCAAGCUCUUCUCUGAAACUGAAUGUUGCAUUAGAUAAGGUCGUGGCAAAGCCACCACAUUCUCCGGUAACAGUGUCGGUACCCCAGUCACCACGAUUGGACAAACCGCCGCCGAUUGGUAUACAAAAAACCGCCACUUUCACAAACGUUCAAACAACAAGUCAUCAAGGACUUGCUAAAUCAAGCAGCAGUGGAGGUGGCAAUACUAAUUUUACCGGAGUCUCUUCAUAUCUCGGCGGAGGUGGAGGCGACUAUGGUAAUAGUGGUAAUGGUGACGUGAUGAGAGGACGUUCUAAAACCAUCUCUGUUGUACGCGAGGUAAAUGGACGCUCUCGUCCUGCCACCUCCAAUUUUCGCAGUUUUAACAACAACUCCAAGCCAUCUGUCAAUGCCAAGCUGUGUAUGAAUCCGAGCUUUGUGUUCAUGCAACUCUAUCACACAGGCCAACUCCAGGUUACAGAUGUACCCAUCAAAGUCCCACAGGAAGAAACUAACGUACUUACAGUGCUGGACUUAGCGCCACCUUUCGAGACACACAAGAUUGGUGUGCUUUACAUUGGCCAAGGGCAGUGCAACAAUGCUGUUGAAAUUCUGCGUAACUCGCACGGGAGCAUGCGUUAUGUGGAGUUCCUUAGCCACCUUGGUACACUUGUUAGUUUAAAGGAAGCAGAACAGAACAACUUGUUUGUCAAUUUGGACAGAGGCGGCGCAGAUGGAAAAUUCACAUACGUGUGGAAGGACGACAUUGUCCAGGUUACGUUCCACGUCGCUACUUUGAUGCCGACCAAAUUGCAGAAGGAUCCUAAUUGUAACGAAAAGAAGAAACACAUCGGCAAUGAUUUCGUCAAAAUUGUCUAUAAUGAAAGCGGCGAGGAAUAUAACCUUAACACAAUUUCGGGACACUUUAACUAUGCAUGUGUUAUUGUAGAGCCUUUAGAAUUAAAUAGUAACCGAGUUUAUGUGAAAGCUCGUCCGGAAAUUUCAAAAUUCGUUUGCCACCCAGAACCCAAAAUUGUAUCGGAUCAGAGUGCGCCGUUAUUGGCGCGACAACUGGCUUUACACGCGAAUCUCGCAUCUCAAGUAUACCAAAGUUUGCAAAAGAAAAACCCAUAUGCUUCCAAUUGGCUAGAACGCUUACGAAUAAUUAAACGAUUACGCACGAAGCUAAUUGAACAACAGAAUAAUCAACAUCAAAGUGGAGCGACUUCUGGGCCUGAUGCGGAAGAGCACGCAGGCGAUCCUUUAAAAAAACAAAACACUAACCGUGAUUUUACCAAAUACGCUUAA